AGCCCAGCAGAAGUUUCAGCCUCAGAGGCCCGAGAGUAGCUUCUGAUACGGGGAGCAGCUAAGAACUCUGCCUGCCGGGACGAGACAGACUCCAGCCAUGGAGACCCCCGAGCUGGUCUUACUAUGCCUGCUUAUGGCUGCAGAACCUGUCACCUGUCAACAAGGUCUGGGGAAUCUGGAGCCAUGGAUGCAGGGCUUGAUUGCUGUGGCCGUAUUUCUGGCCCUUGUGGCCAUAGCUUUUGCUGUCAAUCACUUCUGGUGCCAAGAGGAUCCGGAGCCUGUGACAACAGUCUUGUCGGUUGGAGCCAAAUCAGACGGGAACUUGGCAGGGGUGGAUGGAAAGUAUUCGACAAUGGCUUUGAACUUCAGGUCCAGUGAACACAAAAAUGCCUACGAGAAUGAGAAUGUGUUGGAAGAUAUCCCAGGAGUCCAUAGCACCCCCAUGUGACCUUCCCAACCCAUCUCCCCACCCCUCCUUGGCUCCCCUCCUGGGCAAACCACCACCUCUGACAGUUCCCUGGGCACUUCUUGAAGAGAUCACCACUGCUCCCUUCUCAAAGAUUACUUAUUUUUUGUGCUUCAUCUGUAAUCAUGAGUCACCCUCCCUCUAAGCCAUUCAUACCCCCUCACCCCAUC